GAAAGGCAAAAUAAACUGAACUGAAAUAUAUCAUGGCAAAGAAAAUAAACAAACGCAUUGUAAAAGCCGGAAAUUUGCAUUCAAAUAUUAGGAGAGAAAAGUUAAUUUCCAAGAGUAAGCUUAAAAAAUUUGACAUAAAUUCGUAUGGACAAAAAGAUAAUUUGUCUUUCACCGGUCGUCUUUCGAAAAUUGAUGGAUUUCGGCCUUUUUCCAUUGCUGCUUUGGCAGUCUUAUUUGGAUUCUUUAACAGCUAUCAUCAAGCAACCAUGUUUGAAAAUGACAGGCAUUUUUCACAUCUUUCAUCAUUGGAGAGAGAAAUGACUUUUAGAACUGAAAUGGGACUGUAUUAUUUUUAUUACAAAACAUUAACAGAAUCUCAAUCAUUUCUGGAUGGACUGAGUCGCAUUAUGAAUGAUAAUCUAACUGAAUAUCCAUCCACUAUCAAUACAUUAGAAAGGUUUACUCUGUAUCCAGAAGUUCUAUUAGCUGCGAGUUAUAGAAAUAUCCAAGCAGCUACUGAAUUUCUUAAUGUGAGUCUAAAAGAAUGUUGGCAGGUUCUUAGAGGAGAUGAUCUUCCACCAAUUGAAAGCUGUGAAGGUAUUGGUGAUCCCACCUACUUUUAUGUCACUACUGUAUUUCUCAUAAAUGGUUUAGUUGGAUCACUUAUUUUCAUCUUUGCGACAAUUUUAAGUGACUCUUUAUCAGGUGGUAUAAUAGCAACUGCUUGUUUCUUCUUUAAUCAUGGAGAGUGCACUAGAGUUCAGUGGACACCUCCAUUACGAGAGAGCUUUGGCUAUCCUUUAUUUCUACUUCAGAUGAUGCUAGUUAGUUUAUUGCUUAAGUGCCAAAAAUCAUCUUUUUCACAUUCUUUCAUUAUUGCCAUUCCUUCUCUUUUUUUCAUGUUAUCAUGGCAGUUUGCACAAUUUGCUUUAUUGACACAACUGGUAGUAUUGUUUGGAGUGUACAUACUCAAUUUUACAUCAGGCUCAGCAUUUAAACAUAUAUUACAGGGGCAUAUGAUUAGUCUACUUUUAGCUGUUAUAUUUCUUUUUGGAAACAAAAUGCUGAUAGCAUCUUUUUAUACUUCUACUUUGCUUACAUGUUAUGUGAUUGUGUCAUCAGAAGUCAUCUUUAAGAGACUUAAUUCCCCAAUAAUAAUUAUGAUCAUGAAAGGACUUUCUUUAAUGGCUGGAUGUAUUUUGAUAAAAUUGUUGUUGACAACUAUUUUGCAAGUUGAAGAUGAUGCACAUAUUUGGAAUAUUUUAAAGUCAAAAUUCACUUCUUACAAAGAUUUUCACACAAUGCUGUACACUUGUGCUGCAGAAUUUGAUUUUUUACCAUCAGAAGCAUAUGUAGAACUGACUAAAACAUUUCUUUUACCUAUUGGAGUUGCAACUGUAGCUGUUGUUCUUUAUCUUAUUUUGUGCAAAAGGCUCAACAGUUUUGAAUUACAUGGCUAUUCUGAUGUCCUGUACAACAUCUUCCAGUGCAUUGCCUUCUUCAUUAUGGCUGCUCUUGUGAUGCGACUGAAACUGUUUUUCACUCCUCACUUGUGCCUUUUGGUUUCAUUGACAAUGUCUGGCAAGUUUUUCAGAUUUUUAGAUACUAAAGACAUGAGAUUUUAUAUUUUGUUUGGCUUACUUGGAACCAUGAGUGUGCAAGGUGUUGCUAAUAUCAAACACCAAAGGAACAUAAUAGGAGAAUUUAGUAAUCCUGACUUAGAAGAGCUCAUAUCGUGGAUAAAUGUAACUUUACCGGAAGAUGCUGUUUUUGCUGGUCCUAUGCCAACUAUGGCAAACAUUUUACUCUCUACAAGAAGACCAAUUGUGAACCAUCCUCACUAUGAAAAUGCUCAAUUAAGGGAAAGAACUCACAGAGUGUAUCAAAUUUUUAGCAGAAAGCCUGUAACAGAAGUAUAUGGUACACUGAAGACAAUGAAAGUAGAGUAUGUUAUUUUGGAACGAAGUUGGUGUUUUGGAAAAAGAAGAGAGGGGUGUGCCAUGGUUGAUUUAUGGGACAAUGAAGAUUUUGAAAAUAGAGAUAAGGAGAAUUUUUGCCAAAAAAUAGGCAGGAAUCCAUAUCCAUUUCGCAAAAUAUUUCGUAAUUCACUGUAUACUGUUUUAAGUCUCUGAAACUAGAACCAAAAGUUGAUUUUUUAAGUCCUAGUGAAAAGACUUUUAAGAUCUCGUUUCAUAUACAGCAUGUUAUCAUAGUUUGUAACCAGCUCUUUGUCUGCAUUUACAUUUAGGCAUCGCAUAUGAGUAUGUGGUUUAUUUAUUGCUUAAAGAACAAGUUUGAAAUUAUUAUAAAUUUAUCAUAAUACUUAAAUGUUUGUUAGAUUUAGGAAAUUGUAUUUAAUUCUAAUCACUUCAUUGUAUAUUUUGAUCAUAUAUUUGCAUAAUUCUUUUACAUAUGCCAUCAGUUAUUUCUAUGUUAUUUUUUUAUUGUUUUAUAUUACCUUUUGCCUGUGAUUUUUUUCUUUUAUACUUUAGAAUAAAUAACAUUUAAGCUUAUGAAAUUCUUUGAAAAAUUGGUUCCUUCAAGAAAUUUAUUUAUUUUUUAAAAGGGAAAAAAAAGUUAAUGUUAAACAAGGAAAAAAAAAUGAAUAUCAAGGUUUUAAACAUCAAGCUAGAUUCCGACAAGUAAAGGAGUGUGCUUCUAAAAAUAAAUGUUGGACAAUAAUAUGAGUGAUUGUUUUAUUAUUUUAUUUAUUGUAUAGAAAAGUAACAUAAAUAAUUGAAAUUAUUGUAAAAAUAUAUGAAUUAUAUAAUAUAUCAUAAAAUGGAAUCUUUGGUAAUUUUAAUUAUCAAAUUAAUUAUAAUAUUUCUUAUAAAAAUUCAGAUCAUUAUUAUCACUUUUUCAUAACCAUUAGGCAUUAUUAAAUUACUUUGAAGAUUUUUAUACUUUUUGUUUUAACAGUAUUUAUAAAAUCUAAUAUUCCGAUUUGUAUUAUUAAUGUUUUAAAAAUUGUUUUGAAAUUAAAAUUAUUAAAUAUGAGUUGCAUUUUAGAUCAAUACUGGUAAAAUGAUGAAAAUAAUGACACUUUUCACUGAAGUACCAUAUGGUUGAUUUAAAGUAUGAAAACCAGAUUGCUCUUAUGAUUGGCUAAAGAUUCAUAUCAUUUGUCAGUACCUUUCUUACAAUUGGAUGUAUUCUUAAAGGCUUAAGAACUUCUAAUCUUGAAUAUAAAUUCUAAUUAAAUAUAAAAGCCUUUAUUAGUGUGUUGAAAAUCUUUGCAGUGUUUAAUUACUUUACUCAUUCAUUUUCAAGCAAAUUUUUUGUAACUAAAAUUCUUAAGCUUUUAUUGUUUUGGUAAUAAAUACAAAUUAGUGGAAAAUUAAAUUGAUCUGUAAAAUUAUAACUGGAGAUUAUGUAAAGGAAGUUACUGUCAAAAAAUAUUGUGAAUGUAAUCAAAAUCAUAAUGGUAAUUACUAUUAUAACUUUAAUUUUUUAAUGUGCUAAUAUGAUGACUAUAUUUUUGAAUUUCAACUGUCCUAAUUAAAUAAUUCCAAUGCUAUAUGCAUGUUGUUGUUUUUUUUCUAUGCAUGAAUUUUUCUUGUAGUAUAUUUGCUAUUUCUAUAUAUAAUUUUGGGAUACAUGGCAUGGAAUUUUUCUUGUAGUAUAUUUGCUAUUUCUAUAUAUAAUUUUGGGAUACAUGGCAUUGUAAUCUUUUACUAACAGCCAAUAGAGCUUUUAAUUUGUGAGAUUUUUUUACAAAUACUUGAUUUUCUAUCAUUAUAAUUCUUUAAAUUUAUUGCCUAAAUUCUUAACACAAUUAAAUGUUCCUUCUAAAUUGUUUUUCCAUCAUUGAUUUUAUUUAAAUUCAACUUAAUUCUAAUGAAAAGAUUCAAGAUUUCGAUAACUAAAUGGUUUCCAUAAUCUCUUUAUCAAAGAUUAAUUUACCUAACAAUUUUUAUUUGAUGAAAUUUACUUUCCUUUGACAUUAGAUUUUUACAAGGAAGUUGAUAAUGUGUUAGAAUGUAUUGAAGUUGAUGUAGUGUAUUUCAUAUGGUGAUUUUAUUAGCAUGACUAAAAUGCUACUAUUACAUACAUAUCAUUGGUUUCUAAUAUUCACAAUUGUUGCUUAACUGAAACAGCAUUUCCAUGACAAAUCAUUUGAUCUUUAUAGCAUGUAGUUGCUUUCAUUUUUUAAAAAAUAUAAUACUACAAUACUAUAACAGUAUGUUUCCAUCAUAUGAAAAAAUGGUUUUUUUUAUAAAGGUAAAAAGUUUUUUCACUAAUGGUGAGUAGAUUAGUAUGGUAUUAGUUAGUGUCAAGUUUUAUUACAGCAAUAUAUUAGCAGGUUUUUGAAAGUAUAGUAGAUAAAUCUGAGAAUUAUUUAAAUUGAAAGAUACACUUUGUAAAACUUUGUCAAUGUUUAUUACUUAGUGAUAUAUUAGCAGGGUUUUGAAAGUAUAAUAGAUAAAUCUGAGAUUUAUUUAAAUUGAAAGAUACGCUUUGUAAAACUUACAUUUCAAAAUAAAAAAUCUGUACCAUUAAGUGAUCAAUUGUAGAUUAAAUAAAGAAAUAACUGCUCAUUCUUUUUCAAAAAUA